AUCAAAUAAAUUACUGUCAUUUCCAUAGCCUUAAUUAGGGUUUCGAUCUUGAGUUGCUCCCUUUGUUGCUGUCUACAUGGCCGGAAUCAGGUUGCCACCGGAGGAAUCCGACGUCUCUCAGGCUGCGCGUCAGGUUGCAGCCGUCGAUCUCAUCUCAGAUGAUGACCGCUCCGUCGCCGCGGACUCGUGGUCCAUCAAGAGCGACUACGGCAGUACUCUGGACGACGAGCAGCGUCACGCCGACGCUGCGGAAGCUCUCUUAGCCGCUGCUUGUCGCGCCCCCUCCGACUACAGUUCUGAUAAAGAAGAGCCAGAUGCCGAGCUCUCAUCAAUGCUUGGUCUCCAGAGUUACUGGGAUGCUGCCUAUGCAGAUGAACUGGCAACUUUCCGGGAACAUGGCCAUUCUGGUGAAGUGUGGUUUGGUGCUGAUGUAAUGGAAAAUGUUGCCUCCUGGACAAAAAAUUUAUGCCUUGAACUUUCUCAGAAUCCCUUGCCAAACGAUGUGGCUAACACAAACUGUUCUACUGGUGUACAACCUGAUAAAGACCUAUCUGGCUGGAGUGUUUUGGAUGUUGGAACUGGUAACGGCUUGCUUCUGCAGGAGCUUGCUAAGCAGGGGUUCUCAGAUCUCACCGGAACUGAUUACAGUGAAGGAGCAAUUGAUUUAGCUCGAAGCCUUGCUGAUCGUGACGGUUUCUCCAAUAUUAAAUUCUUGGUUGAUGAUGUCCUUGACACAAAAAUAGACCGGAAGUUUCAGCUUGUUACCGAUAAAGGAACACUGGAUGCUAUUGGAUUGCACCCCGAUGGUCCUAUCAAACGGAUUAUGUAUUGGGACUCCAUAUCUGGGCUUGUGGCGUCUGGUGGGUUAUUGGUUAUUACAUCAUGCAACAGCACUAAAGAUGAGCUCAUACAAGAGGUGGAGAACUUCAAUCAAAGAAGGAACAGCGCGCCUCAAGAACCAAACAUUAAUGCGAACCCCGAGUCUACCAGUGAGACCAUAUUCCAAUAUGUGGAUCACAUUCGCACAUAUCCAACAUUCAUGUUUGGUGGCUCGGUCGGAUCCCGUGUAGCAACUGUGGCAUUUCUCAGAAAGUGAUUUCCCCACGACGGUACAAUGAUUCCCGAUCCCUAUCCCUUUCCCGAGGAUAUAUAUAUAUAUAUAUAUGGCAUUUUGUUGGUGAAUUUGGUCUCUGGAUUAGCAAACAAGCAGGAAGUUUUUCAUCAUCAUUUGGUGUGUAUUCAAAAUUACUGUUGUAGAAAAAAUUGUUUGCACUAAACACAGGCGUUGGUUUUAA